AUGCCCUCCCUGCGGAUUCGCCCGAGAGGAGACGACUCCGUUCCCCCGAGCAUCCGUGCUCGCAAUGUGGGCGUGAUCAUUGGCUGCGUGAUUGGCAUUGCGAUUCUCAUCUUCCUCAUGUACGUUACCAUGCGUGCCCCCUCCACGCCCAACAAGACUGAUCCAUUUCCGCACAGACGGCGCCUGUUCGGCCACGCCAAGCGCAGCAGACGAGGGGAGAGCAUGCUAGGCGCGCCACACAAUGAACGCUCCAGGUACCUCGACACGGCACAGUUCAUGCGGUUCUGCGCCCGACGGGCCCAGCACAUGCAAAGGGCGCAGAAAAAGGAGCACCUGCUUACCACCGAGGAGCUCGACGCCGUGGCUCCCCUGACGACAUUGGGACAGGCAUCCGCGCCCACCGCAGAGACCAUUCAAACCUCGGACCUGGGCCAGAUCCGUCGUCCACCGGCCGCCGCCCUCCCGCUUGGCGCGAGACUGGACGUCAAGCCAUCGAUGCGGCCCAAGUUGCCGCCCGUCUUUUCACUGGCGCCGAUAGACGAGAAGAAGGACACAGCAGGGCGUGUCACGGUCCAGGAGGUCCAUGCUCCGUCAGAAGGACCGCGGUCGGACGCCUUUCUGUGUUCCGUGUGCCUGGGAGAGGCGCAGAACGAGGACGACAUCCGCAUCACGCCAUGCUUCCACGGGUUUCACGAUGACUGUCUCGCAGAGUGGCUCACAAUGUACCAGAAUCGCUGUCCGCUGUGCCAAAGGUGUCUUAAACCAGGGGGAAAGGAGUCAAUUUGA